AUGAAGCAAGUAAUCACAGAAUCUACACACUACACAGAACACUCUAACACAUUCAUUGACCUUCUAAUACUAUCUUCUACCUGUCCGAUCAAAAUUUCUUGGGUCGGCGAACCCUUUCUUGACCAAAACAUAAGAUUCCACUGUCCUAUCAUCUGCUGUCUGGAUGUUACAAAGCCAAAACCAGCGACGUUUAAACGGAGAGUCUGGAAAUUUGAUCAAGGGGACUAUGAAGGUCUACGUCAAGAAGCUUUAACAUUUGAUUGGCAGUCGCUCUUUGAUCAUGAUAUCGACACAUACACAAAUAAUAUUACAAACCAAAUACUGUCUAUGUCUAACAAAUAUAUUCCAAACAAAAUUGUUACAAUACGACAAUCAGAACCACCAUGGAUACACAACGACAUACGCAAAUGUAUCAGAAAAAGAAAUCGUGCAUAUGACAAAGCCAAAAUAUCACAAAACCCUCGACACUGGCAAGCAUACAAACAACUUAGAAACAAAACAACUGACAUGCUCAGACAAGCCAAACACCACUUAUCUGUAAAGAUUUCAGAUAAACUAAAACAGCCAGAUCUUAAAACAACAGACUAUUGGAGAAUACUUAAACAAUUCAUUGCACCCACUAACAAAUCAAGCAUCGAUACAUUACAUGAUGAUGGAAACAUAGUCACAGACAACACAGACAAAGCCAACCUUCUGAACAAUUUCUUUCAAACCCAAACACAACUCAACGAUCAGAAUAAAACACUUCCACCACUACAUGUAAACCCAGAUGAAAAUGUCCUCACUAACAUUCAAAUCGCGGAAGACGAAGUAGAGAUUACACUUAAAUCACUUAAUACAGGCAAAGCAUCGGGUCCAGACAACAUAAACAGUAGAAUACUCAAAGAACUCUCCCACGAAAUAGCAAGUCCUUUAUGCUCUCUUUUCAACAGAUCUCUUCAUAUAGGAAAAGUACCAUCUCUUUGGAAAUUAGCAAAUGUCUGCGCUAUUCAUAAGAAAAACGACCCUUAUAUAGUCUCUAAUUACAGAUCUAUAUCACUACUAAGCACUAUAAGUAAAACUCUUGAAAAAAUCAUUCGUAAGCACACAUACAACUUCUUCAUGUCCAACAAUAUUAUCUCUUCACUUCAGUCAGGCUUUGUUCCCAACGACACAACUUUCAAUCAACAUUUUUCUAUCUACAAUUCUUUCUGUUAA